AUGGUAUCACUGAGUCGAGAACAAGGAUUGAAACGCCUUCUGUUGACACAACCGUACGGGCUUAACCUAACCGUUCGCCCCGGCCGGCGCACGCCCGCCCCGAGGGGGUCUGGAUGCGCCGGGAACAGCGAGCGGCCGGGUGCGGGCCGGUCCCCACGAUCCCUGGGGCUCCACCGGAGGGAUUUCUCGAAAACGAAAGGAGUUCUCGGGCGCGGCUUCCGUCUGGGCUUCUGCUCUCCGCUCGGGAGAGACGGACACCCAAGGGGGCCAGGCGACGGAGCCCGGGCGCGCGGGGGUCGGGCGGAGGCGGCGCUGCCCGGUGCCCCGGAGCCAAGCCCGCGAGUUGUCCCAGCGGGGGCCGCCGGCCGGCGCUCUGAGAGCAGCUGGCCCCGUGCGCCCACAGGCUUCGCGCUCGAGCACCCCAAGUGCCCAGGAGUCAUGAAAAAGUUCGCCGGCAGCUGGGUGCCGCCGAGGGGACUCCCACCCGAGUGGCCGCAGGCCCGUGGCCAAGUUCAGAUGCCUCCUCUCCUCCUAGGGCUAAGUUUCCACCAUCACAGCAGCCUUUCGCCUGCAGGACGCACUGCUCCUUGGACGUGAGCACACUUUGGAGAGUCCACUCUUCUGGCCCAUAAGGUCACCACUCCCCUGAGCAUAGCUGAGCACACCUGGGACUCGCCCUUGGACGCUCCUGCAGUUGGCCUGUAUGCUUCC